AUGACGACAGUUGUCCUCCCGUCGAACAUCACGAUCUUGGAGGUGAAACAACCAACCGAGGCCAUGAUCGACCAGGCGGUCAAACUCACGAAUGCGCUCCAGGUGGGAGACCCGUCGUGCAAGGCAUGGACGGGCGGGAACCUCGAGCUGCUGCCGCUGCUCAUGCGCUCGAUCAUCAAGGCGACGUGGUUGUGCGAGGGCGCGGGUGUAACGUACGUCGCGACGGACGAGGAGGGCGCCCUCGUCGGGUAUUCACAGUGGAUACCUUCGGGGCGGGACCUAUUUGAUUCGGAGGACCAACGGCAGUUCGGUUUCUACGAGUUUAUGGAGAAGAUGUCGGAUGAGGGGAAGAAGUACUUCGAGGAAUCGCUCGGACGUGACUUUCCAAAGUUCCUUGACGAGGCUUUCGGCAUCCCGCAGUCCCAAAUCAAGACACACUUCUGCAACCUCGUGAUGGUGCAGCCCGAACACCAGGGUAAAGGCAUCGCGACGACAAUGUUCAAAAUGGCGUACGAGAAGGCGAAGCAGACGGGGGCAGUCGUAACGCUAUCCACGGGUAGCGAAGACAACCUCACGAACGACCUGCAGAUCGUCGUGUAUGAGCACAUAGGGAUGACGCUGAAGGGUCACCAGGUGUUCCAGUCGCCCUGGGGCGAGUGGUCGAGCUGGGCGUUUGCAUGGGAGACGAAUCCGAAAGAGCCGUGA